AAGGCCGAAAGGAGGACAUGGGGAAGGGGGUGAAGGUUGGUGGAAUUGAUGACGGCACAGUGUGGCAACAAAGAGGGUAUGCUGUUCUAUGAGGCCCGAUUGAAGCUGCAGGCAAGGGGAAAGCGAAACCGGCAAAGAAUGAGGGCUGUGGUCCUGACGAGAUCCAGAUAUGGUCUUGAUGACCCAGACACGAUCGGUCGUGAAUGUCCUGGUGGCUUUGUUUGCUGCUCCUGCGGGAAGGUGCGAGCGGUUGCAUGCGUAUCAAGCCUGCUCCGCGGUUAUGGGAUUUGCGGUCUCGUGGAGUGGUGAGAGGGUGGUUGAGGACAUGAAUUAUAUUCGAUUUGCUGUGCUUUGGACGGAUGUCGAGGGCAAUGCCGGUAAGUACUUUUGCGACCAAUCAAGAAGUGAAGAUGAGAUGCAAUGUGAUGAGGAACAGGUUUGUCUUCAGACGGAUGAAUCUAUGGAAGAAGCAAAGCUAAGGAAGAGAGCUGAGACGGGUUGGAUGGCGCACAACUCCACCCCUCGUAAACAAAAUAUUUUUCCCCCGCGCCCCCUCCUCUUUUUCCCUCCCUGUACAAACCCUCAAGCCCACAUGCGUGACUUGACAAGGUUCCGUACCCUGUGUCUUCUUGCCCUCUGUUCAGGACUCGCACUUCUGUCUCGCCUUGUUCGCAUGUCGUUUAGCGUGCGGCUGCCUGCUUGUCGGGGUGAGUUCUGGGUCGAUGCUUUUCAAUGUGCUGCCACCAUGUGCGGCCUCUUUCCACCCAUAGCUUGUGCACCCGUUCUUGCUUGGCAGUUGCAGCUGCGCUUUCCCAUUUGUGUUGUCGUACAACCUGGCUUUCCCCCGCGUCCUCUCCCCCUUCGCCCAUCUCCACAAGCCCUCCAGCUCACAUGUGUGCAUUGCGAACGUUCUGUAUGCGGUGUCGUUUCUUUCUGUGCUCUCUUUUCAGCACUCACCCUUCUGUCUCGCCUGGUUUGCAUGUCGUUUAGCGUGCGGCUGCCUGCUUGUCGGGGUACAGGAGAGGGAACUGAAAGGAGAUUUGUGACAGCACUGGCAAGAAAUCAGGAUUUUUGUAAACCAUUUAUCAUCCAGAAAAGGCAAGGUAGGGAAAACCCACGGAAGGCGGAAGAGAAUCGGCGCUGGGACUCAGAAUACAAAUUUUCCUCUGCAAAUUAUGAGCUUGUGCUGUGGUGAAAAUCAGAUGGAUAUUCUCUAAUCAGGACGUGGCGAAUCCGGGAAACAUAAGGGGACGUGGGAGUGAAAGCAGAAUGAUUUCUUGAUCGUUCUCAAUUCGAAGUGGCUUUUGUGUCGUAGAGCCAGAGUAGAGGACAUGGUGGUGGCGGUCGAUGUGAUGAAAAUUCUGAUGAAGAUCGAUAAGUAUAGGCGAUCAGGUCUAAUGAUAUAAUCUAUAACCUAUAAUUGGCAAUUUUUGCAUUCCUAUAGUAGAGGCAGAUCUUUCUUACAGGAAACAAAAUCUGUAGUGCUUUUCAGCUAGCAAAAAGGAAAUUCGAAGAAAAGGUUUGGAGGUGAAAGUUGUUUAACAUUAAAAAAAGGAAAAAAGAAACAGAGAAAAUAAGCGUAGUAAAGCAAUCAAUUUGGAACGUUCUGAAAUCAAAUGUGCAAAAUGUG